AUGCUGCGCUGCGCUGUCCGCACAACCCGGGGAGCCGCCGCGUCUGCCCCGACACUGCCCAGCGCUUCCCGUCUCAGUUCCCCGCAAAGUUUCAGUUUCCAGUUCCCCGCAAGUCCCACCCGCUGGGCAGAGCUCCAGCCCCUCGUCAUCGGCGGGCAGCGCCCCCGAAACGGAGCUUCUCCUUCCCUCUCCGGCUCCCGCGGCAAGGAGAAGCGAAGAGAACGGGAAGGGAAGCACGAAGGAUGGGAAACGCACCGCACAACCACCUGUCCGGCCCUAGCACGGCCGCUUUCGGUUUCCUUUCCCGGCAUGGUGGGGCGGAGGCAGCCGCGGCUCUGCCCCCCUGCCCGGGCCCGCCCAGGCCCGGCCCCGGCCCGGCCCCCGGCCCGGCCCAGCGCACGCGUGUCCCGCGGGUUCCGGCUCGGAGCCAUGGCCACGCUGGAGAGCCUGGGCCUGGUGGGCACCAUCGCCGAGGGGGACGUGGUGCCCGUGGACUCCGAAUCUGGCGACUCCGAGGAUGAGGAGGAGCUGUGCCGGGCUCCCGGCCCCAGGCGGCGGGGACGCUCCCGCGGGGAUUUCAACGCCGACUUCGUGUUCGGGGAGGCGGAGGCCGGCGGGGAGGAUGCCUGGACGGCGGCGCUGCGGCAGCUCCGCGGCAAGAAAGCAGCUACGACGCUGGAUGAGAAGAUUGAGAAAGUGAGACAGAAAAGGAAGCUCCAGGAAAGGGAAGCUAAACAAGCAAAAGUGAAAGAUGAGGAUGCAGAGGCUGAAGAUGAUCAAACCAAACAGGAAUGUGAGGAUUGCAGUAGGGAUGAAGAAGAUGUGGAGUCUGAGUAUUCACUGGAUGAUGAAAGUAUCUUCACAAAAGCAGAUAAGGUCAAAGUGAAGGAAAAGAAGAGAUCAAAAAAGGGAGAAGUGGAACCAGAGAGAUUUUUUGAAGAUGCCUCUCAAUACGAUGAUAACUUGUCAUUCCAGGACAUGAAUCUUUCACGACCUUUGCUAAAGGCAAUCACAGCUCUUGGCUUCAAGCAACCAACCCCAAUUCAGAAGGCUUGUAUCCCAGUAGGUCUUCUGGGAAAGGAUAUCUGUGCUUGUGCUGCCACUGGGACAGGUAAAACAGCUGCCUUCAUCUUGCCUGUCCUUGAGCGCCUGAUUUACAAACCUCGUCAGGCUCCAAUAACACGUGUACUGGUUCUGGUGCCAACACGAGAACUGGGUAUUCAGGUGCACUCUGUCACAAAACAGCUGGCACAGUUCAGCAGUGUCACAACUUGCCUGGCAGUAGGUGGCCUGGAUGUGAAGACUCAGGAAGCUGCUCUGCGCUCAGGGCCAGACAUUCUUAUUGCCACUCCUGGGCGACUGAUUGAUCAUCUCCACAACUGCCCUUCUUUCCACCUGAGCAGUGUUGAGGUGCUGAUCUUGGAUGAAGCAGACAGGAUGCUGGAUGAGUACUUUGAGGAACAGAUGAAGGAAAUAAUCAGGUUGUGUUCCCACCACCGUCAGACAAUGCUUUUCUCUGCCACAAUGACUGAGGAGGUGAAAGAUUUGGCUUCCGUUUCCCUGAAGAAUCCCGUCCGAAUUUUUGUGAACAGCAACACAGACGUUGCGCCUUUCCUGCGGCAGGAAUUUAUCCGGAUCAGACCCAACCGGGAGGGGGACCGCGAGGCCAUUGUAACAGCUCUGCUGACACGAACGUUCCAAGAUCACGUGAUGCUCUUCACCCAGACCAAGAAGCAAGCUCACCGCAUGCACAUCCUGCUCGGGCUGAUGGGCCUGCGGGUGGGGGAGCUGCACGGGAACCUCUCCCAGACACAGCGGCUGGAAUCACUCAGGCGCUUCAAGGAUGAGCAGAUUGAUAUCCUGGUAGCUACAGAUGUGGCUGCACGUGGACUCGAUAUUGAAGGUGUUAAAACAGUAAUCAAUUUUACCAUGCCUAACACCAUCAAACACUACGUCCACCGUGUGGGUCGCACAGCCAGGGCAGGCAAGGCUGGGCGGUCUGUUUCACUGGUGGGUGAGGAAGAGCGCAAGAUGCUGAAGGAGAUUGUCAAGACUGCUAAAACAGCAGUGAAAGCCAGAAUCCUCCCCCAAGAUGUCAUAUUGAAAUUUCGGGAGAAGAUUGAGAAUUUAGAGAAAGAUAUCUAUGCAGUUCUCUGCUUGGAGCGUGAGGAACGUGAGAUGCAGCAAUCAGAGGCCCAGAUCAACAAGGCAAAGAAGCAGCUGGAGACAGGAAAAAAAGAGACUGGGAGUGAGAGUUUGGAGCGGAGCUGGUUCCAGACCCGUGAGGAGAGGAAGAAAGAGAAAAUGGCUAAAGCCCUGCAGGAAUUUGACCUAGCAUUACGAGGGAAAAAGAAAAGGAAGAAAUUUGUACAGGACACAAAGAAAAAAGCCCAAAUGACUCCAGAGGAAAGGUCACAGUUUGAGAUCUUGAAAUCUCAAAUGUAUGCUGAGCGGCUGGCAAAGAGGAAUCGCCGAGCCAAGAGAGCCAGAGCCUUGCCAGAAGAGGAACCAGCAGCAGCACCAGCAGGUCCCAAGAAGAAGAAAAAAGUGUCUGUGUUUGAUGAAGAGCUGACCAACACAAGCAGGAAAGCUCUGAAGCAGUACCGUGCUGGCCCAUCAUUUGAAGAUCGAAAACGCUUGGGUAUUGCGCAGCGCAGGAAAGGAGGAAACUUCAAAUCCAAGUCCAGGUAUAAGAGAAAGUAAAGAACUCUUACCAAAUGGUAAUUUCACAUGCACUGUACAGGCCCUGGAUUUUGUAUUACUGCAAGGAGACAACCUCAGUAAAACUGAAGUUUUUCUUCAAGUCAUGGAAUAGCUCUGGAAUGUUUGUCAAUUACCUAGCUGAAGACUGUGAAAACAUCUGUAGCAACCCAUGAAAUAAAGAACUAUUUUUCUUUUAA